AUUAGAAAUGAGUACAUUGCCCAAGAGCCGACCCCCACAGUGGCAAUCGACAUCGUUAUCUUUGUUGGUGGAGGAGCUGCUACUAGAAAGGUGCCGUUAUUAGUAAAAAGCGUAUUUCACCACCGUCUUUUUAAGCGACGCUGCAUGGACCCACUGCCCCUUUACCGGUUUCACGUCAUUUGCGAUGCGCUCGCUUGCAAAGGGAUUUCUGUCCUCUUUAAGACUUGGAGAAUUUCGGGACUAACGCAAUCUUAUUUCUACAACGCCUCAGAAUACAUGAGUAUUGUUAAUUGGAUUCCCAACAUGCACUAUUCUGGCGGUUUUGGACUUCUAAAGUUAGCCGUAGCUGAUAUUCUACCGCAAACCGUUAAAAGGGUAAUUGGUCUGGUUGAAAACCAAAGUGACUGGUACCUUGUGGAACACGGAACUUCCACAUGGCCGGCCUUGGGCCGGGGAUAUAACACGGGUAUAAUGCUGAUGGAUUUGAAAAAGAUGAGGAGCGUUGGCUGGGAUGACCACUGGAGGAGGGUAGCACGACAGCUCUUAAAGAAGAUUUCCCACACAGCUCUUGGUGAUCAGGAUAUUAUAAAUUCUGCCCUCUACUUCAACAGCACUCGUGUCCACAGACUACCCUGUGCUUGGAAUUUCCAGUUAGCAGACAGCGCCAACUACUCCACUUCCUCGGAGUUUAGAAUGCAGUUCGCUAAAAUCUCGGAUCGGCUUUCGAACUUGGAUGGAAGUCUAUUCAGAGACACCGGGGACUCAUAUAUGUCACAGAAGACAGAAUCCGAGAAACGUCACAGUGGUGCAUUGCAACCUUGCCCGCUUCUGCAAAUGGAAAAAAGCCUCCGAAGACGCAUUUUCCCAUAUUUCUUUGGGACUAAGACCAAACGUUCUGGAAAAGUGACACUUGUGAGCCAGCUUACAUUGGAUAGGCUUCAUCGUUUAGAGGAGAUUUCAGGCAGUUGGGAGGGCCCAAUGAGUCUAGCUGUUUACCUGACCGACAGAGAAUUAACGGUACUGACUGAAUAUCUCGAUUCUUCGUCGUUUCUCGCCCUGCGGUCAAAUAUAUACAUUCACUUAGUCUUUCAAGAGGGAAGCUAUUUCCCCAUUAACACACUUCGAAAUACAGCCCUGGAGUAUGCUGAUACAGAAUUUGUGUUUAUCAUUGACUUCGACUUCAUUCCGAAUCCCGGUUUAUAUAGUUACCUUCAGGCCAUGCUAACAGCAGUGAGUUGGGACGCCGACUUCGAGCCCUAUGUUUUGAUUCGACGCGAAGAAGGCCGUUUCGAUGAGCAUUUCGUUGGUUUUGGCUGGAACAAGGUGUCAUUCUUCAUGCUUUUGGAUGCACUUGGCUUCAAGUUCGUCGUUCUCCCAAAGGCUUUCAUAAUUCACUUUCCCCACGCUCCUAGCAUUGAAUCCAACCGUUUUCGAAAUUCCCCAUUCCUUCGCAAUUGCCUUGAAUAUUUCAAAGUAAAGUACAUAAAGGAGCUCGCCAGGCACUUUGGUGUAAAGUCUUUGAAGUACCUGCGAUUUCGUCGUCGGACAAACAGAACAUAA